GGAAAGUGGAACAGGAAACCGAAGAAGAAGAAGCGUCGUGUUGUUGUGAGUGACGGAGAACCGGAGCGGCCGCAGACUCACCUGGUGAACAGGUGCGACCAGAACCAGUCGGCCGUGUCUUCAGGUCAAAGGUCAUCUCGUCCUCCACCACUGAUGGCUCUGAUCUCUCUGGAAGAUCUUGACAGAUUGGACGAUGAUCAGCUGGAAGAUGACAUCACUGACAACCCAGAACCAAUGGAUGAAGAGGACAGGGACCGACUUCUGACACACUGGCAGGCAGUUGCCAGUACCCACCAUGUGUCAGUACCUCCAGACAUGACGGUCCCAAUACAGGAAAUGACCCGUAACCAACAGCAGAGGGAGCCCUUGCCCUUCACUCCAGUGUCCUCCCAUGAGAAGAUGGGGGAGGUGCUGUAUGAGGAGCGUCUGUACCCAGCAGGCCACUGGGCCUGUGUGACUAAAGGAGAAGAUCUGUAUGAACAGAGCAUCUCGAUGGGCUUCAUGAAACUGAUGCGCUUCAUCUGUAAAGAAAACUCUGCAGGCAGGUAUCUGGGGAUGACGGUGCCGGUGGUCACUAACGUCCACAUGAUGGAGGACGGGAACACGUUUCAGAAAUGCGUCCAGACGGCCUACUUCCUGCCUGCAGAGUUUCAGACCAACCCCCCUCAACCCUCCGACUCCGAUGUCACCAUUGUGCACAGAGAGCCAAUCAGAGUCAUCGCCAGGACGUUCUUCGGGACGACCACAGAAGAGACCCUGACCCGUCAGAUCAGCCUGCUGUGGGAGAUUCUGGGCGCCACCAACGACCUCCGCAGAGACGAAUACCUGGUGGCGGCGUACGAGAACCCUGGCAUCCCCCGCCGCAGGAACGAGAUCUGGUUUGUCAGGCGCAACCCGUAACGCCUCCCCAGCAUCCUCCAGGGUUCUGGUCUUGAUUUGUCAGAUCCAGAAAAGAAAGUGAAUAUUUUUUUACAAGAUGAACUUGUAGUCGUUGAUUAAAUAUUUAGUGUUUUAAUCCUGCAGCUGUUAUUUGAUGUUUCCUUUGACAGUAAAAGUUGGUAUUGUGAUUCAAAUCUGAUGAUUGAGAAGACAUUUGCUCAAUAACCCUCAGAUAUAAAUGAUCAUCUGCAAUCAGAUUCAUGGUUAAACAAAUGAAAUGAAAUAAAUGUGAUGUAAACAAGUUUAAUGACUAAUCAAUAACAUUUAAGUGAAAUCAAAAUAAACUUUAUUUACAAAAACAUCA